GUUCGAGGGCAUUGUGGGAAGCAGCCCUGGUCCGAGGCAGAUGCCUCACCUGUCAGCCGCGCCGGCUCCUGCACUUGGCUCUCGCCACUCGCCACUCGGCAGGCUGGGGCGGAGGCGGCCCGGUCACCAUGAUACAUUUCAUAUUGCUUUUCAGCCGACAAGGGAAAUUACGGCUGCAGAAAUGGUACACAACUCUCUCUGACAAGGAAAGGAAGAAGAUCACCCGGGAGAUUGUUCAGAUUGUGCUCUCUCGUGGUCAGAGGAUGAGCAGUUUUAUCGACUGGAAGGAACUAAAACUUGUUUAUAAAAGGUAUGCUAGCUUAUACUUUUGCUGUGCAGUAGAAAGUCAGGACAAUGAGCUCUUGACACUAGAGAUUGUGCAUCGUUAUGUGGAGUUGCUGGACAAGUACUUUGGAAAUGACACUGAAUUCUGCUUAUGGCCCCUUCUGGCUUCUUCCAUUGAGAUCCCUCCCUCCACCUGCUCCCUAAAUGCCCUGCUGCGCUUCCUCCUCUCUGGUGUGUCUGCCUGAUUUUCUCUCCUGGAAACCUGUUACCACGUGACUGUUUCUUGCUUUGCUGAAGAUGCUCUUCCUGGGCUUCUCAAUCAUCUUAGUCUUCAACGCAACAAGAACCAAACUCACCUUCUGUUCUGUAUUGUGAUCGAAUUUAUUGUGUCUCAGGAUCCUUUCAGCUUUCUCCAACCUUUAUACUACAAUCUGCCUCUGUCUAUUAAAACUAGGCUAAAAUUCCUCUCCUUCAUUCCUGUUACUAGUCUAGGCUUUUUGGGGAUCAUACUUUUGCUUCUCUUUGAAAUCUCAUCUCUGGCUCUCACUUGGCCUAUUGGUUACCAUCUUCCUUACAAAGCACAGAUUCGGGGUGACAUUCCUCCUCAGUCACUCUCCAUCUAAAAUUCAAACCUCUUAGCCUGCUAUUGAAGCUUUCUAAACCUUGGUCCCAGGCCACUCUCCCACUCUCUCACUUUUCUUUCUUUAUAUCCCUGACACACCCAGUGCUCCAGCCACAUGGGCCAGCCCGGUAUUAUCCUUCACUUGCACGGGAUUUGCUUGGCCAUUGAACUGCAAGUCUUUCACGAUCAUGACCUAGGACUGACUUUGUUUUUUCAACACUUGUAACCAGCUCUGGACCAUAUUUUAGCAACUGUUCCAGAAACAAUUAAACUAGUUCACAAUCCAAGGAGUCAUUGGAUUUGGAAAAUGAUUUGGGAAAUGAUUUCUUGCUCACUGAAGAUUUUUAUUUUGUGUUAUUAGGAGCACUUACUUCCACAAGAGUUUUCUGUAUUCCAUUUAAUGGAAUGGGCAACAUUUACAGUCUUGGGUGGGUUUUUAUCAGAUUUGUUGCAACUCUUUUUAUAGGCUGAGUACUUGAAAGGUCUCAGAAAAAAUUUUCCUGCUGUCUCUCCUUCCCUCCCUAUUAUUCCCCCUGUUUUCCUUUGUGAAUUAUGAAAAGACCUAAGUGUUGCUUCAGGGACUUCAGGUUGUUGUUCAGUAUAGAGGAACGAGAUAGCUAGAUCACUUUUCUUUCUCUUUCUCCUGGUUCCCUAAGAUUUUUUUUUUUCAUUUUUAAAAGAGAGAUCUUCAAAGACAUAAUAGCAUAUUUUUAUAUUUGAGAUUAUUUGAUGUUACGCUUUCUGUCAUUCAGAUGAAUUCUGACAUUUUGGUACUUCCUUUUCAAAUAACCUCCAGGCUUGGCCUUUUGCAGAGUCCUGCAGGAGUUCCCCAGGACUCGCAUUGUCCCUCUCAUUUCUGCACUCUGGUCUGACCUGUUGUGUUUUUCUGGAUUAACCAGCUAUGACAAUGUGAACUGGGGCUAAAUGUGGAUCUGGAUCUUAUCUGACCAAAUUGAGGGUACUUCAGAACACGUGGCUUUCUCAAGAGAAUUAGACUCCCCUUCACUAACACAAGGCUCAUUUAAAGUACAGGGAGAGUCAGAAUGAAUUCCUAUUUCUCUAACAUCAAUCUUUCAUCCUGUUUGGGCAGACCUUUAGGAGGAUCCAAAAUUUAAUUCACUAAAAAAUUCAAUGAAUCUUUCAUUAAGCUAAGAGCAGCUAAGAGCAGUUCAAGGCUAUCUGCCCAGUAGGUGUUCAAUCCUUAUUAAUUAACAGUGAUGAGCAAAGCGUACUGACUCUCAUUGACAUCGUCUCAGGAACAUUGCUUUUUGGUUUACUUUCUCUCUUGUGUUAUUCUGAAGGUUUCCUUGAAUUUUGUCCUUCUGUUAUCUAGGAGAAAACUUUGUACUGAGCUUCUCUUAUAUAUAGCACUGGAAAAAUAUUACCUUCUGAUGACAGAUAAAUCAAAAUAUCUGGCUACUGAUUUAAGUCAUGUAUUUUUUUUAGCACUUUUCAAUUCCAAGGAGAUUUACAAGGAUUAACUAGUUAAUCUUUCGAUUUGCAGUAAGUAGCAUUAACCCCAGUUUAUAGAGGCUAUGAAGCUCCGGGUCUCACGAUAGAUAAGGGUCUGCUCCGGGAUUUCCAGACCUGCCUAUUUCCCCAUCUCAGACUCUUGGCCAGUUUUCACUGAUGUCCUCAGAAGAUGUGGCUAUUGCUGUCUCGGAGCACUUGGGGAUUUUCUUGUAGGGGAUUUUCUUGUAGGAAGAGGUUAAUAGAAAUAUUUACUUUGCUAACCCCAUAGGGCUAUUGUGAGGAUCAAAGGAACAGUGCAGUUAACAAUACUUUCUAAAUUGUCCAUUGUUAUUUAGCUAUACCUUGCAUUAGGGUUAUUAU